GGGGCCAAGACGGGCAGCGGCCGUGGCUGGCAGGCUGACAAGCGUGUGGGCGAGAAGCAACUGACGGGAUGGAUUGAUUGAUAAAGAUGGAGAGAGGCAGAGGAGGAGGAGGAGGAAGGAGUGUGGGGGGCUCUGGCCUACACAGGAGCAUUUACUCCCAAUCCCAGCAGCAGUAUCAUUAUCCUGCCUCCUCUUCUCAGGCGGGCUGCAUGGAAAUCCAGGAGCUGGCCUCCAAAAGAGUGGACAUCCAAAAAAAGAGGUUUUAUCUGGAUGUGAAGCAGAGUUCUCGAGGCCGUUUCCUGAAGAUAGCAGAGGUCUGGAUAGGAAGAGGCAGACAGGACAAUAUCAGGAAAAGCAAAUUGACUCUGUCCUUGUCAGUAGCUUCUGAACUGAAGGAUUGUCUAGGAGAUUUCAUAGAGCAUUAUGCCCAUUUGGGCCUGAAAGGCAGCCAGAGUCAUCGGAAUGAGCAUGCGAAUGGCAAAGAGCAAGAUUCAAGAAGGCGACAACACCAUCACCCACCAUCUCCUCCAGCAUCAGUGGGAUCUGAAGAGCAUCUUCACAGUGUGUUAAAAACUGAAUACAUUGAAAGAGACAAUAGGAAGUAUUAUCUAGACCUGAAGGAGAACCAACGUGGACGUUUCUUAAGGAUUAGACAGACUUUGAUUAGAGGACCUGGCAUGAUAGGAUAUUUUGGUCACAGUUUGGGACAGGAACAGACUAUUGUCCUUCCAGCACAGGGGAUGAUUGAGUUCAGGGAUGCUUUGGUCCAGCUCAUUGAAGAGUAUGGUGAAGGAGACAUAGAAGAAAGGCGGAGUGGAGGCGAUGAGCCUCCGGAACUCCCAGAGGGGACUUCCUUCAGGGUGGACAACAAGAGGUUCUACUUUGAUGUGGGGUCCAACAGGUAUGGUAUUUUUUUGAAGGUAAGUGAAGUGAGGCCUCCAUACCGUAAUACCAUCACUGUCCCAUACAAAGCAUGGACAAGAUUUGGGGAAAACUUUAUCAAAUAUGAAGAAGAGAUGAGGAGAAUUUACAACGGCCAUAAAGAGAAAAGAAUGGAUAUCAGAGGGGACAGUGGUGAAGAACAAGAGGGUCUUGAUUAGAAUUUGCUUCAACAGAGCAAGAAGUAAACUAGAGAAAUGGCUAGAUACUGAUAUGUAGUGGUUGGAAGAAGUUGCCUUUCUUUUUGUAAGUUCUUCCCUCUUGUUAGAUAACUCCAAUAUAUAUAAUACUAUAAGGGUCUGGUUUUCAUGUUAAAUUAUACCCAACAACAUCUCUGUGAUUUCUUACAAGAAUAAUUAACCGCCCAAUGAUUAUGAUACUUAAUCUUACAGGAAUAUGAAAUCAUGUAUAAUAGCACUAAAUCUGUUGUGACAUUUUAAAAAAAUCUGUAUAAGGUUUGUGUUGUGUAUAACAUGAUAAGCAUAAGCCAGGUGGAAUUAAUAUCUUCUAGUAUUAACCAUAGAGCAUUUAUGACCAAAACUGAUCUUUAAGUUUUAAAUGGUUGUAUUGGGAAAGGUAUCUUUAAAUAAAUUAAUCUGCUGAUUAUGGUAAAAAAAAAAUCUUGAGGGGAUGGGGGAGGUCUAACCUGUAUUGUAUUGGCCAUUAAUUAAUUCCAUGGUUACCUAAUUUUAUGAUAACCCAGUACUUUAAGUGUCCCACCAAUAUAAAUCAAUUUCUGAGUUAAUAGAUUGUUUCUGAUUAAUGUUAAUCAUGAAUCAUCCAUUCUGUAUGGAUUGCUUACUUCAUGUGAGGAGAGUUUAUUUAAAUAGUGUUACAAAAUUUCAAAAGCUAUUUUUAUAUUUGUGGGGUUUAGAAGUUCUAGCGAGUUGCUGUGAUGUGGGAAUUUGGUAGGUGGUUUUGGUUGGGAUUGAAAUUCGAAAUAGGGAGAUUAAGUAUGACUGUAAUGUGGAAUGGUAUUAGAAUAACUUUUGUUUUUAUCUUCAUAUAUUUUGAGAAAAUGCUUUGAGAGAUUUUGGUGCAUCACUUAAUUUGUAUCAAGCAGAUCUCUGGUUUCACAUUGCUGCAGUUGAAACAUUCAGUAACAGCUAUCAGCAGUUCCUUUAUAAAUCCUGUGUUUAAAAUAUUUUAUUAUUCUAAGCCGUGAUCUGCACUUUUUUUCUUUUGUUAAAACAUAACACAUAAUCCUUCAGUCUAAUCUGUUAAGAUGCAUCUAGAGACAAGAUUUCCAAACAAAAAAAUUUGUUUUUUACUUUAAAAAAAAAAUCUAGAAGAUGGCUG